UACGACAUGCAAAAAGAGUGUCGAGGAAAAGUUUUUAUCAUCAACAAUGUAAAAUUUGGUGAAACAUUGGGAAGUCGAGAUGGUUCGGAUAAGGAUGCAAAAAACCUUACACAAUUGUUUAUGGAACUCCAUUUUAGUGUGCAACAACAGGACAAUUUAACUGCAAAUGAAAUGAAAAAUUACCUAUGCAGUGAGGCUGGAGCGUUGAAAGACGACACAGACUGUGUUAUUUUGAUAAUAUUGAGUCACGGUGGUGGAACAAGAGUGUAUGGAGUUGAUCGCAUGCCAGUUGAGCUGAAAACAUUAACCGACUAUUUUUCAUCUGAUAAUUGUUCAACACUAUAUGGAAAACCAAGGCUGGUUUUUGUUCAGGCUUGUCGUUCUGUGGAAAGUGCUUCUAUAAAGAAAACAAGUCACGUAGUCAAGCAUCAUGGGGAGUUUGAAAUUGAAUGCUUUGUCAACACUGACAAGAAAAUACUAGACGUGUCUUGGAUAAAGAAUGCAGAAUGUAUCAAAGUGGAGACUAGUCUCAACAAAUAUAAGAAAGGAGACACAGAAAGCGUGAAAAGCCUCAAAGUUUAUAAUGUCGAAGACGGUGAUAAAGGAAAGUACCAUUGUAUUGUCAACUAUGAAUUCGAGUAUCGAACUAAUCAAUCUGAAAUAAAACUGGAUAUUGAAGACGUUAAAAAAGCUUCAAUAAAGAAAAGUAUUUACCCAGUUGAGCCUGGUACUAGUCAGAUUGAAAUCGAAUGUAUGAUCAAACCUGACAAAACAGUUAAAGACGUUAUUUGGGAAAAAGAAGGAGAUAUAUAUCCUAUCAAAAAUAGACCCAGCUUCGACAAACAUUCCAUAGAGAGGGACUAAGGCGUUUGCAAACUCAUAAUAAAGAAUGUUGUAGCCAGGGACAAAGGAAAGUACAGGUGCAUUGUCAAUUAUGACGAUGGAUCAAAUGACCAAAGUAACUUUACUGAAGUGGACGUAGAUAUUCAAGACGUUGAGAUAGCUUCAAUAGAGAAAACUAUUAACAAAGUUAAGCCUGGUGGACAGGUGGAAAUCGAAUGUUUUGUCAAAACUAAAAAAUCAAUACAAAAAGUGUUUUGGGAAAUGGAUACUGGAGACGUUAAACGUAAAAUCAGGGAAAACAACAACAAAUAUUUCUUAAAACACGAUGGAAAAAAAAGAAUACUCAUCGUAAAGAAUGUUGGAAUCUCUGAUGUAGGAAAGUACAGAUGUAUUGUGAAAUAUGAAUCCAAGUACUCAAGUAACAUUACUGAAGUGGAUGUAAAACACGACGCAGAGGAUGAUAUCACAGAAACAAAUGCCAUAGGACCACGUUAUGAGUCGGAUUCCAAACUUUAUCAACAAAAAAACGCUGACGAAAAAUCACCUAAAUGUUCAAUCCCUGAUCACACUUCUGCAGAUUUCUUAAUUGCAUAUGCUACACCUGAAGGUUCUCAAGCUUGGCGGCAUACUCAUAACGGUUCUUGGUUUAUAAAUGCCAUUGUUUGGGCUUUUAAAUACCAUGCACAUGAAGAUGAAUUACAACAUUUACUUCUCAGGGUGAACAGAUUAGUUGGAACAGGAUGUACAUCGUCGAAUGACAAGACCGUUGCUGAGGUGAAAUCAAGUUUAAGAAAAAAGGUGUUCUUUUUCCCAGGCGUCUAUGGCAACCCACCGCAAGAAUUCAAAAAUAACAAUCUUUAUUAAUGGAGAGUAAUUUGGAAGCAAAUAACAAACAAAUAAUAAUAUUCAUUUUAGUUUGCUAGUUAUCACAUGCAUAUAAUCAAUCUUAUAUAAAUAAAUGUAGUUAUAUUGAAAAAAAAAUUUAAUAAAAAAAUAAUUUUGUUUUGUUCCAACUGU